CGUGUAGCUCGACUUCAUAGCAUGGCAGACAGCGUGGAAGAGUAUCGAGCGGCCUUGCAGGACUGUCCCCCCGGGCAUCCUGAUCGAUCCAUGACUUUCAACAAUCUCGCCAUCAGCCUUCGAAACAGAUUCCUGCAGCAAGGCGACCCGGCUGACCUUGAUGAGGCCAUUGAGCUCCUUCGCGCUGCACUACUCCUCCGUCACCCCGGUCAUCCUGAUCGAUCCAUGUUUCUCAAUAAUCUUGCCAUCAGCCUUCGAAACAGAUUCCAGCAGCGGGGCGUCUCGUCCGAGUCUGACCUUGAUGAAGCCAUCGAGCUUCAUCGGGCUGCAUUGCUCCUUUAUCCCCCCGGUCAUUCUGAUAGAAUCAUGUCUCUCAGCAAUCUUGCUAACACCCUUCGGGACAGAUUCCAGCAGCGAAGUGUCCUGUCUGACCUCGUUGAGACCACUGAGCUCUAUCGGGCCGCACUAUCCCUCCGUCCCCCCGGUCAUCCCGAUCGGUUCAAAUAUCUCAACAAUCUCGCCAUCAGCCUUCAAGACUUAUUCCAGCAAGGGGGCGUCCAGUCUGACCUUGAUGAGGCCAUUGAGCUCCAUCAGACUGCACUAUCCCUCUGUUCCCUUGGUGAUCCUAACCGGUCCAUGUCUCUCAACAAUCUUGCUCUUGGCUUUCGAACCAGAUUCGAGCAGCGGGGCAUCCCGUCUGACCUCGAUGAGACCAUCGAACUCCAGAAGGCUGCACUACUCCUCCGUCCCCCUGGUAAUUCUCAUCGAUCCAUGUCUCUCGACAAUCUUGCAAACAGCCUCCGAGACAGAUUCAUGCAGCGGGGCGUCCCGUCUGACCUUGAUGAGGCUAUAAAGCUCCAUCGUGCUGCACUAUCCCUCCGCCCCCCUGGUGAUUUGGAUCGAUCCAAAUCUCUCAACAAUCUUGCCAUCUGCCUUCGAGACAGAUCCCAUCAUCGGGGCGUCCCGUCCGACCUUGAUGAAGCCAUUGAGCUUCAUCAGGCUGCAUUACUCCUCCGUCCCACUGGUCAUCCUCUUCGAUCCACUUCUCUCAACAAUCUUGCAGUCAGUUUUCGAGACAGAUUCCAGAAGCGAUGUGUCCUAUCUGACCUCGAUGAGACCAUUGAACUCCAUCGGGCCAUAUUAUCCCUCCGUCCUCCUGGUCAUUAUGAUCGAUCCACAUCUCUUAACAAUCUUGCCAUGAGCCUUCGAGACAGAUUCCAUCAUCGGGGCGUCCCGUCUGACCUUGAUGAAGUCAUUGAGCUAAAUUUGGAAGCAUUAUUCCUCCGUCCCCCUGGUCAUUCUGAACGAUCCAUGUCUCUCAACAAUCUCGCCAUCAGCCUUGGAGACAGAUUCCAUAAGCGGGGUAUCCCGUCUGAUCUUGAUGAGGCCAUCGAGCACCAUCGGGCUGCGCUAUGUAACCGUCACCCCGGUCAUCCUGAUCGAUAUAUGUCUCUCAAUAACCUUGCCAUCAACCUUCGAGACAGAUUUCAGCAGCGGGGCGCCCUGUCUGAAUCUGACCUUGAUGAAGCCAUUGAACUACAUCGGGCUGCAUUGCUCCUUUAUCCCCCCGGUCAUUCUGAUCGAUCCACAUCUCUCAACAAUCUUGCCAUGAGCCUUCAAGACAGAUUCCCUCAUUCGGGCAUCCCGUCUGACCUUGAUGAGGCCAUUGAGCUUCAUCGGACUGCACUAUCCCUCCAUCCCCCUGGUCAUUAUCAUCGAUCUACGUCUCUCGACAAACUUGCCAUCGGCCUUCGAGACAGAUUCAAGCAGCGAGGUGUUCAGUCUGACCUGGAUGAAGCAUUUAAACUGCAUUUGAAACUGUCCUACCUGACUCAUGCAGCCUCUCGUGAAGAUCUUAAUGCUGCUAAGUCAUGGGCCACAUCUGCCGAGGAAAUGAACCAUGGCUCUGCAUUGGUUGCCUAUAAAACCGCUUUACAGUUCCUAGAUCAGCAUGUUGCUCUUUUGCCGUCUCCUUCACGCAAUUUUGAUGUCGUCAGGGAGGCGAUUUCUUCCCUUGCGUCGGAUGCUUUCUCGUGCGGUCUUCGUCGCGGUGCUUUGACGACUGCUGUGGAACUGGUGGAGCAAGGCCGUGCAAUGUUUUGGACCCAGUUGGCACGCUUCCGCACACCACUCGAUGAACUUUCCACCUCAGGUGCAGCCGGCGAAGCUUUAGCAGCAGAAUUCAUACAGCUCGGCGCUCUCCUCCGUAAUACGUUUGAUGAAUCCACUGAAGACAAGUCCUCACAAAUCCGGCAACCGGCCGUGCAAUGGGAUGAUGUCGUCUUCCGCAUCCGCAUGUGUCCUGAUUUUUCACGGUUUCUCCUGCCCCCACUGUUUUCUGACCUUCAGAAAGCGGCUGCAGGAGGUCCAGUCAUCAUCGUCAAUGCUAGUCGGUACGGUUGCGACGCUUUGAUUAUCCUCAGUGCCCAAGAUCCCGUCCAUGUCCCACUCGAUAUCGCACAAGCCGAAGUCUCCGAGUUGUCCUCCGAAUUUCAGUCACUCGCGAAGCGUUUUGGUACUUCAGAUCAUCGCCUGGAAUUACUCAAUAUUGUAGGUAUCCUGCGCAAGCUCUGGUUUCGUAUCGUGAGCCCCAUAGUUGAAGCUCUCAAGAAGUUCAUUCAACUUGAAUCUGACUCACGCAUCUGGUGGUGUCCCACCGCUGAGUUCACGCUACUUCCUCUACAUGCCGCAGGGCCCUACGCGAUAAAGAGCCAAAAUUUGUCACAGAUCUGCAUUUCCUCUUAUACCCCAACUUUGGCGACACUCGUUCGGGCGAGACAGCGGGCUCCUCGAGAUGCGUUUGAGCAACACUUUGUUGCCAUUGGUCAAGGAAACCCGGACAGAGGGAAGGAACUCCGAUGUGUCGCUCCCGAGUUAGCCGCUGUAGCUCAGCGUCUCUCGCCUGUCACGUCCUUCACAUCACUCCAGGAUACCGAUGCAACAGUCCAGGGUGCAUUCGAUGCAUUACAUCAUAAUCAGUGGCUCCAUCUAGCCUGUCAUGGAAUGCCAAAUCGACAGCAGCCAUUCGAGUCUUCCUUCGCAAUGCGCGACGGGCCGUUAAUGAUCAAGAAUAUCAUUCGGUCUGACUGGCAGAAUUCGGAGUUUGCAUUCUUAUCGGCUUGCCACACUACCGUGGGCGAUGAGAAGAGUCCCGACGAGUCGAUCCAUCUCGCUGCGGCGAUGCAAUUUUCUGGAUUUCGCAGUGUGAUAGGUUCUAUGUGGUCUGUCGACGACGGGGUUGCACAUCAGGUCGUGUCUGCGUUUUAUAACAACCUGGUCGAUGGUUCAGGGACAUUGGACUGCACACGCGCUGCUAUGGCGUUGCACGAGGCUGUGAAGUCGUUGCGCAAGAAGAUUCCACUGGAACAGCAGAUCGUAUUUGUCCACAUAGGUAUCUAGUUAGAGACUCGAACAUUUUCUGUAGUAAUUUUGUUUGAUUGCUGUCUCACUCUCCUGCCACAUAGCUUAAUUAACCUGCUCGUC